GUCGCUCAGUGUCUGUCAGCCUAAAAGCCGAGUCUACCACCGUGUUUAUAUUUACGGGCCAUAAAAAGUGGUCGGGAGGUUUUAAGUUCUGUCUCUACACGAAAGCUGCAAGCCAUCUGUCCGUCUAAGCAUGACCAUGAAACUUGUAUUAACCUGCACAAUAGCAUUCUGAGUUAACCAGCAACCAGUUUCAGAUAAACCUCUCCAGCUGUUAACACUACACACACAUCAACACGCGAGCAGUAUGGCGGAAGGCGGCUUGAACUACGAGGGGAAUAUUAGCGGCUCAGAUUUUGAGAGCGACGAAGAGGACAACAGAGUACCUAGGCAAAUAAGGGAACAGCUUCUUGCACUUGCCAUAGAUGGCAACCAGUGUGGAGAAAUGAAAAACGAAGUUUCGCGAGAGCAACAAAAUGAACAGGUCGGCACCCAAGAAAUGGCUACAGACUCUAGGAACUUAUCGAAUAGGAGCUCCGAUAUCAGGCAAUCAAGAUCUCGAAGUUUCUCAUUUGGACGCUUAGUUCGACGCAUUAGUAGUAGGAGAUCGGGAAAUAUUAUGAAUGAGGCGGCAGCUAGGACGCAAUCGAGACGGAAUAUGCAUACAAGUGACAACAAUCGAGUGGAUGGGAACGAAGAGCCGUACUAUAGCACAGCUGACGAGGUACAGCGACCACGAAGUGUUAUCCUUCGGUCACGUUCGCGAACUCAUGGCGACCUAACUGAGCGCUCAUCCAGACGUAGGUCUAGUAGCGUUUUGGAUAGAGUUAGAAGGCUUUUUGACUCGGGAGAUACAGAAAAUGGCGAAAGCUCGACAGGAAGUAGCUUGCCUAACGAAGGUGAAAUGUCUGAAGAGAGAAAUAUGGUGCUAAAUCUUGACGCGCCUAUGCGUAUACCAUUCCCUAUCGGAGUAAACGAACUAGUCGCUAUCAGACAAGAGAGAGCUAGAUUACGAGCCGAACAGACAAGAAUAGAGUAUUACUUUAUACGGGAUCUUUUGGAAAUCACAAAUUGCCCAUGGUAUUGGGGGAAAAUCAACCGUUUCGAAGCUGAAAGGGUCCUGGAUGGUCUUCCAGAUGGAACAUUUCUUCUCAGAGACAGUGCUCAGUAUCAGUACCUCUUCUCUGUGAGUUUCCGGAGGUAUUUCCGCACAUACCAUGCCCGAAUUGAACAGUGGAAGCACCGAUACAGCUUCGAUAAGCCCAGUGACUACUCAUUUUGCUCAAAGACUCUUCAUGAGUUGUUGCAACACUACUCACAAGCAGAGCAGUGCAUGUACUAUGAGCCUCUUCUCCUGAAUGCACUGCCGCGUAAGAAUACAUUACCAUUACAGCACUUGUGUCGUGCCACCAUUUGCAAAAAUGUAUCUUUUCAAGAUGUGGAUGAAUUGCCAAUCCCUAAAUCACUUCAAACAUUUUUAAGAGAAUACCACUACAAGGUCGCAGUUAAGAUAAUGGAGGACAAAGGCACUCAAACUUUAGCUCCUAAGAGAAAGUUUCUUCUUCGCAGCUAAUAUUGUCUUUCUUAUAGAGUUCUUAUGAAUAUUACAACAACAGAAACAAAUAUGCACCUCCAUAAAUGAUGGCCAAGCAUAUGUUCCCCACAAAUCACCAAUGCUAAGUGAUAUUCAGUGCAAAUUCAAUAUAGUAAUACAAUGAGGGACUGAAAAACUGUAUCUUUAUAUUUAGGAAAUCAUUAAACAAAGAUGAUUUCCUAUAUAUCUUAUGGAUGGUGGUGGUACAAUGGAGUAUCACUUUUUUAAGGUUCCACUGUAUACAUGCUGUAUAUGUGAGCACAUAUUCAUGGAUUAUACCUAUUGUACAUGAAGCAUAAAAUUAUGCACAUCACUUUGUUAUCAAAGUGUUAUAUAAACAUAUAGUUUAUAUGAACAAUAUGGCAAUAAAAAGGUAAAUGAGAAGUAUUUUGUCAAUAGAGUAGUUUUCAAAAUCCCGUGUAACAAAAUAUAGUUGUUAAAAUGUAAAAGUCAAGCCAGAACAAAGACAUUACAAUGUAUUAGUACUAAAUAAACUAAAAUGUAUUUCACGGGUUUUUGAAAACCACUCUAAAAUACUGCUGUGUUUUUGUUGUAUAAUUCUUUAUUUGAAAAAAAAAUAACCAAGUCCUGUUGAUCAGGGUUUGUGCUGAGACAGAUUCAAGUAACUCAUGUAGAAAAAAUCAUCAUAAAAAUGAAAAAGACACUAAAGUUAAAGUUA